AAAUCCUUCCCCUCAGAAACAAUUUGUUGAAAUAUUAGGAUACAAAACGACUUAAUGCAGUCUGAGUAAUCGGAUGACAGCCGCUCUAAGGUCCUCUCUCAAAGGAAUUGACGUGCUGACAGUUUAAAAGUGUAGAGGUCACUCGAGACGUCAAUGCAACAAGACCCUAAUGUCGUGUGUAAGAAAACGCAGUCAUUCUUCCAAAGAAAGGAAGACUUUUGCAAAUCGAAGCCUGAACUGAUUUCUACCGUUCUUGGGGGGGUGAAAGGUUCCGUCGAAGAGUGUCAGUGGCAGUUUAGAAACAGGCGAUGGAACUGCUCGACGUCUAAGAAUUUUGUCAAGAAAAUUCUUCGCUACGACUACCGAGAGACGGCGUUCAUCUACGCCAUUACAUCGGCUGGGGUUACCUUUUCUGUCACGCGAGCAUGUAGGUUGGGUCAACUUCACCAAUGUGGAUGCCGCAAAGUAAAUCCGCAACAGAAACAGCAAGUCAUCGCUAACAAUGUGAUUCAGUCGUUCCCUCGAAACGAAUACCCUUCUACAGACAACCAAGUUCCAAGCCAGGCAUUUCCCAUCGGCGAAACUGAGCAGUUCGAAUGGGGAGGUUGCAGCGACAAUAUCCAUCACGGCUACGCGAUGUCGCGGCAGUUGAUGCAAGAAGAAAAAAACAGAGACGGUCGAUCCAUGAUAAUCGAACAUAAUAAUGAAGCAGGACGAUUGGCAGUCAAGCGUAACAUGCAAACAGAAUGCAAAUGCCAUGGUCUCUCGGGUGCCUGCUCUCUUCAAACGUGUUGGAAAAAGAUGCCGCUCUUUAGAAACGUGGGCGACAAACUGAAAGCCCGUUUCGAUUCUGCCAUCAAGGUGAUUAUAGGAAAUAGCGGAGAUCGGUUAAUCAAAGAGGGAGAAACAAUAAAACCUCCAACAGAACUCGAUUUGGUUUAUACUACCGAAUCCCUAAACUUUUGCAAAGCGGAUCCCUAUAUGGGCUAUCAUGGCACUGUGGGCAGACGGUGUAAUGAUACAAGCAUGGGAGUGGGAGGGUGUCAAUUGCUUUGCUGCGGUCGCGGAGCACGAAUGAGAAAAUUGGUCGUAACAGAAAAUUGCCAAUGCCGUUUUCUGUGGUGCUGUACAGUCAAAUGCAAGAGAUGCAGGAGAGAAGAAGACGUCUUUACUUGUGAAUAACUUUCCUGCUGCUCGGACACACACAAACACACAAGAGACAGUCACGUCAAAUGUCAUGCGAACAAUGGUAUGCACUCAACAAAGAUUAUUUGAACGGUUAAGAUUAUGUACAACUUUCAAGAAAAGAACCACUCCUUAUGACAAGUGAUACCCCAGCUAGAGGAAAGUAUUUAAUAUAUGUUUUCAAAUAUCAAUUUUAGCGGAAUCCAAACAGACAGCUGGAGGUCACGGCACGACUAAAUUGUAAACACUUGAACGUUGUGUCUGAUAGAGAUAUGAAUACUACAACGAUGGAAUAGUCAUGCAAUGCUGUACCAGUAUUUUUUUCCUUUACUGAACCUUGCAGGUUUUUCAUGACCAAAUGAAAGCUUCAUUACCAAAUUUCCAAGACAAUCGAACCCACAGCUUGGUCGAAGUGAAGUACAGCACAAGAUGAAAACAGUGUCAUCUUGAAGGAUUCAGAAGUAGACACUCUUCAUUUAAUCCCCUUGGAGUUGAUUAGCACUAUGAGCUUUGAAGGGGUUUUUUAAUUGUCGACGUUUAUUGCAAACAUUCAAAGUAACAGCAGGGUUUCAGGCUUCACGAUUGAGAGCCUAUACAGAAAAAUGUGACCUUUCAAAUUACCUUCCGACAAGUGUUCUGCGCCUUUAACUAAUUUAUAUAAACUCACGUUACAACCAAAACAUUCUGCAUUAUUUCAUGUUAAUACCCAUUUGUUUUCUUAAAGGAUUUCACUAAUGAGGGCACAAAAGAUCAGGAGACUUAGUAGCAACAGUUCAGUCCGGAAAUCGCCAUGUAAUGGCCGGUCACAUCAAACACUGAGAUAACGAUAUUUAAUUGCGAUCCUAUCACCCGGAGAGCGUCAAAAUGAAACCCAGGGAGUUGAAGACACGAGUAUGAUUAAUUUUUUCAAAAAAAUUCUUUUACACCCAAAGAUUUAGACAUUGUAACCUUCUCCGAUGAUACCAGACGACCAAAUUAUAUUGACAUAGCAAUCACAAGGCGUGUUUAGUCAUACUCUCUUGACCCAACAAAUUUACCUCUUGGAGCUGAGAAUCUUUGUUAAAAAAGCGAUUUGCAAUGUUCUGAUAUUUCCCUCUUUGUUUGAUGUUUCUCAUAUACAUGCCUCUUUUCCUGCUGCGAUAACAAUCAGUUAUAUAUCAACAAUAAAUUUGGUUGACUUCUCAUGUGUUUUAUUUUCCUAUAAUAUUAUAAAAUUUGAAAAAGAAACUGUUUUCGUUGUAGAAGCUACUUUAAGACAGCAAGCGAAUUAUCUGCCUGUGAUAUUUGCGAAAAGCGCAAUGCCUUUAACUGCCACUUACACGAAAUGUAUAUGUAAACAAGGCUACUUGUUUAGAACUUAAGCUUGAUUUUCAAUACUGCUUAAAAAAUUAUUAUUCUGUCAAUUGUUGAUUAAGGUCUAUUGGUCGAUGGCGAUCACCGAGUUUUAUCUGUAAGGAAACUCCAAUAUUGCAGAAGUGGUCGGUUUAAUAAAACAAUAGAAACAGUUUGUAUAUAGGUUUUAAAACAGAAAUAAA